AUGGCCGAUUUGGAGGUUCUGCUCCCCGGAGAUCGAAUCUCCGCGAACCAAGUCCCAACUUCUCAGAAGCGCAAAAUCGGCCAUGGCCUCAAACAAGAAUCAGAUACUAGUGAUUUCACAGCCACCAUCGGUGGCCUCCUGGACGUCGACUACAGAAAGAAGACGGCGCAGGUCGCGACACCAAAUGGACGCUACAUUCCUAAAGCAGGAGAUCUGGUAAUCGCUCAAGUACGGAUGUCGGCAGCGGAGUCUUUCCACCUCUACAUCAAUGCAUACUCACCCCAGGCUAUCUUGCCCCAGCUGGCAUUCGAAGGGGCGACGAAGAAGACAAGACCGCAACUGAAAAGCAAUGAUCUCGUCUACGCCAAGGUGGUCUCGGCCCAGAAGAACAUGGAGAUCGAACUGAGCUGUGUCAAUCCGGCGACUGGAAAGGCCGAACCGGACGGAUUAGGCCCACUCACAGGAGGGAUGGUGUUUGAUGUCAGCCCUGGUCUGGCCGAGAGACUACUGAAGAAGCAGGGAGUUAUGGCGCUGGAGGAACUAGGUUCAAGGCUUCACGGCGGAUUCGAAAUCGCGGUUGGAAAGAAUGGCAAAGUGUGGGUCGAUUGCCCUGAGGCCGGUGUCAAGGGUAUUUGUGCAGUAGGCCGAUGCUUAAGAGAGAUGGACGCGAACGAGAUGAAGGACAAGGAACAAAAGAAGCUGGUCAACAGAAUCAUGAAUGAACUCGAGCGUGGUUGA